GUAAAAACAUUUCCAAGAUGGCCGCCCCCAUGGGUCACUGUUUCAUCAGGACAUGACUUUAGUCUUCUCUAAUGAAAAUUAAUGUCUCGUAGACACGCUAAAUUAAAUCAUUUCAUUUGUUCGUGACAGUAUUUUUUCUAACUACAAGAAUGCACAUAUUUAAGAGAGCUAGUGGGGCUGUUUCAGGCUUGCUCAAGGCAGCUAAACAGAGAUCUCGCCAAGCUCGUUUCUUCAAUGAAGAGGCACGAGACAGAGUUCGUGCUUUGAAACCAGGAGAUAAAUUGCAUGGCUACACAGUUCAAAGAGUGGAGGAGGUGCCGGAAUUUUUUAUCACGGCGGCCAUGUUGAGUCACGACAAGACUGGAGCAGAACAUUUGCAUGCUGCCCGAGAUGAUAGUAACAACACAUUCAGUGUGACAUUCAGGACAACACCCAUGGACAGCACUGGUGUGCCUCACAUCCUAGAGCACACUGUAUUGUGUGGUUCGGAGCGGUUCCCAGUUCGUGAUCCUUUCUUCAAGAUGCUCAGUCGGUCCAUGGCCACCUUUAUGAAUGCCCUCACAGCUUAUGACUGGACAAUGUACCCUUUUUCCAGUCAAAAUGAGCAAGACUUCAAAAAUUUAAUGUCCGUGUAUAUGGAUGCUGCUUUCUUUCCCCUGAUAAGGGAGCUGGAUUUUUGUCAGGAGGGCUGGAGACUGGAGCACUCACAAGCUACUGACCCUUCUACACCAGUCAUCUUCAAGGGCGUAGUCUACAAUGAGAUGAAAGGAGUAUUUUCCAAUCCACAAAGCACAUACAUGCAGGAAGCCCUUAACUCCCUUCUUCCUAGCCACACGUAUGGUGUUGUGUCUGGAGGUGACCCUGCCCACAUCCCAGAGCUGACGUAUGAGCAGCUGAAGCAGUUCCACGCCACGCACUAUCACCCCAGUAAUGCAAAAUUUUUUACUUACGGCAAUUUGCCACUGGAAGAACACUUAGAAUUCAUAAACUCCAAUCUGGAAAAGUUUGACAAAAUUACUACCAAGACUCAAGUUCCUGCGGAGGCAAGAUGGGAUGAGCCUAGGUCCAAGUCCAUCAAGUGUGUUCCUGACCCAAUGGCUGCUGAUCCAGAGAAACAAACCACGGUGUCUGUCAACUACCUGUUGUCUGACAUCACAGACUCCUACGAGUCAUUUGUGAACAGUGUCGUGGGCUAUCUUCUUGUGGAGGGGGAGACAGCGCCAUUUUACCGUUCCCUACUGGAGUCAAACAUUGGCAGUGACUAUGCUCCUACAACAGGGUACCACAAUAGCACAAGGGAGGCAAUAUUUUCUGUCGGCCUUCUCAAUAUAAGGGCAGAUGCUGUUGAUGAAGUUCUCAAGAUUAUUGAAGAUACCAUCGACAAAGUUAUUAAGGAAGGAUUUGAAAAAACUCGCAUAGAUGCCUUGCUGCACAGGAUUGAGUUGGGACAGAAGCAUGAGACCAGCAACUUUGGCUUCAAUUUGACAGUGGGUUUGGCCAGUGCAUGGAACCAUGACGGAGAUCCUAUCCAGAUGCUGCAGCACAACAGGCUGGUGGAGAGUUUCCGUGCCGAGCUCAAGAAAAAUCCUAAAAUGCUGCAAGAACGAGUGCAAAAAUACCUUAAGGAUAACCCUCACAGAUUGACCCUGACUAUGAGUCCAGACAGUUCUGUGGCUGAGGAAAGGGAUGCUGAAGAAAAAGACAGACUUGACAAUCUGGUUUCGGCGCUGAAUGAGGAUGACAUGAAACUUAUUCUGGACAGAGGUGCUGAGCUGGAAAGUAAACAAGAGCUACAGGAAGAUCUGUCCUGUCUGCCCUCCAUUAAGGUUGCCGAUCUGGACAGUAGCAUCAAAAAUGAAAAAAUUGAAAUCACACAAGCUGAUUGGUCAUUUAUCCAGACCUGUGAUCAGCCUACCAAUGGUGUGACAUAUUUGCGCAUGGCCUCCAACUUGGAUGGGCUUUCUGAGGAUCUGAUGCCUUACGUCCCGUUGUUCUGUGAUGUGAUCACCAGUAUCGGGGCCGGCGGGCACGACUUUCUGUGGAUGUCCCAACAACAAGAGCUCUACACUGGUGGGAUGUCAGCCUCACCGCUCAUCAUUCCUCACCACUCCGACCAGAACCGCGUACAGAGAGCUGUCCUCUUUUCCUCACACUGCUUGGAGAAAAACUUCAACAAAAUGAUGGAUCUGUGGACAAACAUCAUCAACAGUCCUGACUUUGAAGAUACAAACCGCCUGUCCACCCUCAUCAAGAUGUGUGCCAGCAACCUGGCCUCCAGCCUGGCAGACAGCGGUCACCGCUACGCCAUGGUCAGUUCUGCCUCCACGCUGGACAUCGUUAGCUGGAUCCAGGAGAUGUUUUAUGGAUACUCUCAGGUUCGCACGAUGAAGACUGUGGCUGAGCAGACUGAUCUGACAGACGUUAUCUACAAGUUACAAAGCAUUGGAAAUGUGGUGUUGGAUAAAACUUCCCUCAGACUGUCUGUGAAUGCUACACCCAGUGCCAUGGAUCGCUCAGUGCAGGGCAUCAAGACUUUCCUGGGACACAUCAAGGGUGAAGUGGAAAUGGCCCCCAUCUUCCCAGAGAUGGACCAGAUUGUAGCCACACCCCACCAGACACAGUAUGAGCUUCCCUUCUCUGUGAACUAUGUUGCCCAGAGCUUCCCAGCUGUCCUGUAUACACACAAAGACUAUACACCAUUGACGGUCCUGGGGACUUUGAUGUCCAGGAAGUUUCUUCACAGAGAGAUAAGAGAGAAAGGAGGAGCCUAUGGCAGUGGGGCUCAGCUUGGUCAGGGAACGUUCAACUUCUUUUCCUACAGAGAUCCUCACUCGUUGGAAACCCUGGACGUGUUCAACCGCUGCAUCGAGUGGGCCGGUGAUGGAAAGUUCUCUGAGGAGGACGUAGAGGAGGCCAAGCUCGGAGUGUUCCAGAAGGCUGACCAUCCAGUGACCCCGGCCAACAGAGGCCAGACACGUUUUAUUCGCGAUAUCUCAGACGAAAUGAGGCAAAAAAAUCGAGAUCGUUUGUUUGCUGUAAAUGGAGAUGAUCUUAAGCGUGUUGCAAAACAGUAUCUCAACCCCAGCAAGUGUCCAUCUGGCACUGCCUUCUUAGGACCAGUGAAUGAGAAAGUUCGGGGAAAUAAGAAGUGGUCAGUGGUCAGCGAGGAUGAUACAACAACAGAGGAGGAGCCUGUGUAGUGUGUGUGUGUGUGUGUGUGAGACCUCAACGUUGGCGUUUAAAAAAAAGUAGAAACAGUUCGUGUCCUUAACUUGCCUGGGAAAAGACCCGCAUUAUAUUUCGUCUGUUUGUUUGAGCUUCAUCUGGAAAAGAUAUAGCUCCACUUGCUUAGGUCUAUGGCUUGAAUAGGAGAUGGUCAUGUUGUUCCAUUCUGUCAGAGGCAUGAUGUGUUUGAAUGAUGCUUUCUACGGUCAGGAGGCUGGGAGAAGGAUAAGGGGAUAGAAGCACAGAAGCCUAAUAGGUAAAUUUCUGAACUGGUGGCCAUUCUUCUGGUCUGGACUGUAUGAUUUGUUUGUACUUUUGUGGUGCUAGACUUCAUUUUUGGACAUAUAGGUUUAUGACUUUCCAAUAUUUUGCAAGAGAAAACAUGUAUUUGUGUUCAGUUAAAUGACUGAGCAUACAUAGAUAAUAAUGGUACAUGCUUUGAUAAUUAUGUUUUUCGCUUUAAGGAAUUUUAUUCGGACUUCGUAGUGAUAUGAAUGUCAAGAAUGAAAGACAGAAAAAUGUCUUUGCUCACUGCCUCUUGUGGAGACUACCAAAGUAAAUCACAGAAACAUGUUUUUUUGGGGGGGGCCAUAGGGAUUUACUCAACAAAGUGAGACCAAUAACGCUUAAUCUAACUUAAAAAGGAAAAGAAUUGUUUUAAAGAAAUUAUCUAUAAAGUAGAUAGAGGCCUUUGUUCGUGUUUGGUAAAGUUUUCAAUUGAAUCAGGCUUUUAUAUUUUUCACAGUGUCUGUUUCCACAGAUUUAGUAAGAAACUGAAAUUAUAAUAUGUAAUUCCUGUUUUGAUGAAUACUUUGUGCAUCAUGCUGAUUUGUGCUUCAAACAUAAAUCGUAUCAAAAUAUAAAAAAUAUGUCCAUUGGCUUCUUGAUCACCAAUCCUUUAAAUGCUUUUGCAAAAUGAAUAUGUAUGUAAUUUCCAAUCUGGUGCACAUAUUGAUAUAUAGAUGUACAGUAGACUUCACUUAAAGUCAGUUCUGCGAAAAAAAAUGUUUAGAAAAAAAAACGUGCCUUUUUCCUAUUACCCCUGACUACAUUGGAAAAGAAAAAGGAAACUCGUACGAGUGUUUUUAUCAUUAAAUCUGUGUGUUCUUUUUGUGUCUCCUUUAGAUGAUCCAAAGGAUAGUCCAUUGUACGACCAUUACAUAAAUUUCUGACGUAUAAUAUUAGACCAGUCCCAUCUGCCUGGGGACUGUCAAAAUGACUUAUGUAUUGAUGAUCCUGUGGAGAUAAUUGUAUAGUAGAGGAGACUAUUUGUGUUGAUGAGAUGUACAUUGACAACUUUUUGUGUAAGCAGAUCAUAGUUAUCUUUUGUAAUUCUUUCAUUUGCCGUGGGCUUUUUAAAAUGUCCUUCUCCUACCAGUUUUUGCCUUUGUGAUAUGAUGACAAGACACAAUAGGUUGUGUUGUGCCGGGGUUUUGUUUUUUCUUAUUUCAUCUGUUGUUACAUUUUGUCAAAGAUUUCUGAGCCACUCCAACAACAGUAAUGCUUCACCUUAUGUGAAAGGGUGACGUUGAAUUAGGAUGUUCGUGACGAAAGUUUUUGGAAGUGUGUGUUUGAGGAAAUCUUUGUUCAUUGUUCUUUUGGUAGAAGGGAAAUGCUCAUCUCCUUCCUUACAUCAGAAGAAUUUGUUCUCUUGUAGUUGGACUCCAUUCUUCCAAUGUCUUCCAAGGUGUCCAAGAGCUGUAUAUUUCUAUCAGCUCUCAUCAUUUAAAAUUGAAUGUCUUUUCUUUUUGUAAUGAUGAGGAAGUCUGUUAUUCAUUUUUGUUUCUCCACAGCUCUGCUAGUUGUGAUACCUUUUGUUUUAAUUUUUUAAGGCCAUUUUGAUUUAUCCUAAUGCAAGAUGCGUGAAGUCUAAAGCUAUAAAAGAUGACAUACUGGGAUGGCCUGCUGUGGUGUUUAUGGGGGGGUGUUGUUUGACUAGUGUGAUAUUCUGUGAUUCUCUGUAAACUGUGACUGUAACGACAUGCUGAUGUAAACAUUUUUUGGAAGAAACAAACAGAAACUAGAAUCAAUUGCUGGUUUGAUCGGGAAAUACAGUUUCAGAAGGAUGACCCUUCGGGAAGGUAGCUGGAUGGUGACAUUUGGAUAGAAAAUAGGCAGGCCACUGGAACUGACAGUGGCCUACUUCAGUCACUGAUGGUGUUGUGCUUUCUGCAGUUUUAGGCUAUGCUUGGCCUUUUGAGGCAUUCAAAGAGUGUUGACAAUUACAGUGUUGUAUAAGUCGAUUUCUUUUGAUAGAGGUGAAGUUCCGUGUUUUGAUACCUAAUGUCAGAGACGACUUUAACUAAAUGUUCACCAUUUUAUGUGAUUGAUAUCAUAAUUUAUUCUCCUGUGUAUUGCUCCUGUGUAAUUUUUUGGUUAAAGCAGCUGUUCCCUUCACUUGUACAUUUCCAUUUAGCAUCGUGCCUUUGCUGAGGUUUGAGCGGUGAAAUCAUUGACUUUGGAGCUUGCUCUGAUAUUUCUCCAAGGACAGACACUGACAUAAGCUGUCAGCUUAUUGCUUAAAUUUAUACUAAUAGAGGUCACCAGAAGUUGUUUUGUUUCACCAGUUUAAUAAAUGACUAAUUUUUUUAUCAAACGUUGUCUGCAUUUGUUUAACUUGAACAUGUCAUUGGUGUAUUGCUUGCCUAGCAUCGUGGCAAUAGGUCACGGAUGCAUUCCAACUUCUCAGUUCUUGUGUUCUUCUGGCUAGUCUUUUACAUUUUUCUCCUUACUGUGGCAAUGAGGUACUGAAUUAGGCAUGAAAUAUAAACCUGUAUAGUGCAAAGAGUAGCAACUUUUAAGGUGUCGCAUACUCUGAUCAAUGUGUUUAUUCAUAUAUUUCCUGUCACAUCAAGGGGCCUUUGGCUAAUGUUUUAAAGUAUAGGGGGUAAUCACAUGAUCAUUUCAGAGUUUGUAGGCUAUUAGUUCAGAACUUUCUUUUGAAGUUAGAAAUGCUGUAAAAGAUUUUUUUUUUUUUUCAUGAUUGCAAUGAAAUUCCUACUAUUCAAUGAACUUGCCAUGUUGUCAGGACGAUGAAGAUCCUACCCAUUGAGAUAUUUCUCUAUAGCCUAACGUAUAAAAUUCUAAUUCUCUCAGUCCUUGUUGUAGAUUUUAUGUAUGUAAUAAUAUACAAGAGAAAAACAAUAGACAAAUUUGGUGCUAUGGCUUUUUUCCAACAGAAGACAUAGGUGAGGAAUAAUUGUUGACAAUGUAAAGUUAUAUCUUAACUUUCUUUGUUGUUCACUUCCUCUAUCAACCGCUCCCCUGUACAUUUCAGCUCUGAAAAGCUUGUUUCUUUCGUUAUUGGAAGAUAUUUAUGGUUUGAUGAAUAAACCCAAGAGUUAAUCAA